CAAUCAGCGACACCACUGAGCUAAAACAAGCAUCGACUCGCACUUUACUAAAAAGUUCUUACUUGAAUAAGUAAUGAACAUACAGAAACCUCUUUAAUGAAAGAACUACUUUACUGCGCUAAAACGCCAUUUGUUAAAUCUUCGUCUCCCGAUUAACUCGUCUCGGUUGCACGUUGAAGCGUCUCGAGUUGACUUCGCUCAUUUAGCUUAGCUUGCUAGCCGCUAACACAGAGACGCCUUUGUUGUCGCUAACCAAAGACCAAGUGUGAGUCUAAAGUGUCGUAUUGUCGUAUGAAAAUGUGUGCAAAACUUGUGCUCGACGAUUACGAGGAGGAACUUUGUCGAACAAUGGAGGAGAACGAGCCACAUCGUCAACGACUGGACGCUGUUUUCAAGCAGCCUCGAGUUGUGUUCCACAAAGCAGAUGUCCGUGAAGAUGAUCGUCAUCUUGAGAAGCAGGAGCUGGAGCCCUCACACUUUAAAGAGGAUGAGGAGCAAGAGCCCUCCUACAUUAAAGAGGAAGAGCAGGAGGCUGAUAUCACUCAGUUUCCGUUGACUGUCAUUGUGAAGAGUGAAGAUGAGGAAGAAGAAGAAGAAGGUGAUGGAGACCACUGUGGAGGAUCACGAGCAAACAUCGUCUUAGCUCCACUAUCAGAUAGCGACGAGACAACGUCACACUCUCCUGUCGCUGAUGAUGAUGAUGAUGAUGAUGAUGAUGAUGAUGAACACUCAAAAGGUGAUAUGUCAUGUCACGCUGACGACAAACACGUCAAGUGUUCUCACUGUGACAAGACCUUUGCCAAAGAGUAUUUGUUAAAAAUACACACGAGAACACACACAGGCGAGAAACCCUAUGCUUGCUCAGUUUGUGGUAAAAGAUUCACUCAGAAGGGACAGUUAAUAGGACACUCAAGAACGCACACUGGGGAGAAGCCUUUUUCCUGCUCAGUUUGUCCUAAAAGAUUCUCUGAAAAGGGACAUUUAAGAGUACACACAAGAACACACACAGGAGAUAAACCUUUUGCCUGCUCGGUAUGUGGCAAAAAAUUCUCCGAAAAGGGAAGUUUAAGUCGGCACACAAGAACACACACUGGUGAGAAACCUUUUGCCUGCUCGGUUUGCGACGAAAGAUUCUCUGUAAAGAUUGGUUUAACAAAUCACACAAGAAACCACACUGGUGAGAAACCUUUCAUCUGCUCAGUUUGUGGUAAAAGUUUCACUCAAAAGGGACAUUUAAUAACUCACACAAAGACACACACUGGGGAGAAAACUUUUGCCUGCUCCGUUUGUGGUCUCCGAGUAACUCAAAAGAUUCAUUUAACAACUCACAUGAGAAUACACACUGGAGAGAAACCUUUUGCCUGCUUAAUUUGUGAUAAAAGAUUCUCCGAAAAGGGAAGCUUAAUUAGGCACACGAGGACACACACUGGAGAGAAACCUUUUGCUUGUUUAGUUUGUGGCCAAAGAUUCUCUGACAAGGGACAUUUAAGAACACACACAAGAACACACACUGGAGAGAAACCUUUUGUUUGUUCCGUUUGUGGUAAAGGAUUCGCUGAAAAUAGAAAUUUAAAAACUCACUCAAGAACACACACUGGAGAGAAACCUUUUGCCUGCUCAGUCUGUACCUUAACUUUCAUUGAUCGUUCAGGACUGAAUAAACACAUGAGAACACACACUGGUGAGAAACCGUUCAGUUGCCGUGUGUGUGAUGAACGAUUCUCUUUUAAUUAUCAGCUGAACAAACACAAGUGCACCGGUGAGAAGAGCAACUGCAAAUGAUCGUUUAAAUUAUCUGUAAAGAAACGGAUUCAUCUUGUUACGCUGUGAAAGUGUAUGUGAUCCGAAAUCAA